AUGGCGACUUGCGGAUCCAACAAGCCUGCGGCGAAGUUCGAACGCCUUCCAACGUUUGCCGAACCAACUCAUUACAAUAUUCAUUUGGUUCCCAAUUUCGAAUCGUUUACAUUCGAUGGACUUGUUUCGAUUGAUGUCAAUAUCAAAGAGGAGACUGACGUUUUGAAAGUUCACGCUCAAUCGUUGAACAUUCAGAAUGUUUCCGUGAAGAAUGAGGCUGGAAAAUUGUCCGAUCAUUUGUCAACAGAUUAUGACGAUAAGCUUAAUAUUUUGAGUGUUAAGCUUCCCGGAACAUUCAAACCACAGAAAGUUCAGUUGAACUUCAAAUAUGUUGGAGAGCUUAAUGAUAAGAUGAGAGGUUUCUACCGCAGUAGUUACAAGGAUGCUUCUGGAGACGAGAAGUUCCUUGCUUCGACCCAGUUCGAAUCUACUUAUGCUCGUUUCGCAUUCCCUUGCUGGGAUGAGCCAAUCUACAAGUCCACUUUUGAUGUGACUCUUGAAGUUGCUAAUGGACAUACCGCAUUGUCGAACAUGAAUUCUGUUUCAACUACUCCAAGUGCCAAUGGAAAAUCGCAAAUCGUCAAAUUUGCCACAUCCCCUAAGAUGUCUUCAUAUUUAGUGGCUUUUGCCGUUGGAGAGCUUGAAUAUAUCAGUGCGAAAACGAAAAGCGGUGUUGAAAUGCGCGUCUACACUGUACCUGGAAAAAAAGAGCAGGGAAAAUUCAGUUUGGAUCUCUCGGUGAAAGCAAUCGAUUGGUACAACGAGUGGUUCGAUAUUCCGUAUCCUUUGCCGAAGUGCGACCUUAUAGCCAUUCCCGAUUUUAGCAUGGGCGCUAUGGAGAACUGGGGACUCGUUACUUAUCGGGAGGUUGCCCUUCUCGUUGAUCCAAAAGUAACAUCAACUCGCCAAAAGUCGCGAGUUGCACUCGUUGUUGCUCACGAAUUGGCUCACUUGUGGUUUGGAAACUUGGUCACAAUGAAAUGGUGGACAGAUUUGUGGCUCAAGGAAGGUUUCGCCUCGUUCAUGGAAUACAUGUUUGUCGGAGAGAAUUGCCCAGAAUUCAAAAUCUGGCUCCAUUUCGUUCAUGACGAGCUUGCUUCUGGAAUGGAACUUGAUUCGCUUCGUAACUCUCAUCCAAUUGAGGUUGAAAUUGAUAAUCCAAAUGAGUUGGACGAGAUCUAUGACUCAAUUACGUACGCCAAAUCAAACUCGGUCAAUCGAAUGCUCUGCUAUUAUCUCUCCGAGCCGGUGUUUCAGAAGGGAUUGCGUCUUUAUCUCAAAAAAUUCCAAUACUCUAAUGCCGUCACACAAGAUCUUUGGACUGCUUUGAGCGAAGCGUCGGGACAGAAUGUCAAUGAGCUGAUGUCUGGAUGGACGAAACAAAUGGGAUUCCCUGUUGUUAAAGUAUCGCAGCGCCAAGAGGGAAACAACCGAGUUCUCACUCUCGAACAGAAGAGAUUUAUUAGCGAUGGCGGUGAAGACAACCUCCAAAGCCUUUGGCAGGUACCCAUUACUAUUUCCACUGGAAGCAAUCCAUCUGAAGUCAAAUCGCGAUUUGUAUUGAAGGAGAGAAAACAGGAGUACACAUUAGAAAAUAUUGGAGCGGAAGAAUGGGUUAAACUCAACUCUGGAACUACUGGAUUCUAUCGCGUUGAAUAUUCGGACGAAAUGCUCAAUGCUAUGCUUCCUGAUAUCGCUAAUCGCAAAAUGCCAGUUCUUGAUCGAUUUGGACUUAUUAACGAUCUUGGUGCUCUUGUUAAAGCUGGAAAAGUUACUCUUGCCCAAUUUGUGAAUGUUGUCGCUGCGUUCGUUCACGAAGACGAGUACGUUGUGUGGGCUGCUAUCGACGAGGGUCUUGGAAAAUUGUCGGCGUGUUCUAUGGAAAUUUCGCCAGAUGUCAAUGCAAGAGUUAAAAAGUUGAUUGUCAAGAUUUUCGAGAAGACUGGCUUGGAACUCGGAUUCGACGAGAAGCCAGGAGAUGAUUCUCAGAAAAUGAUGCUUCGUGCCAUGGUUCAGUCGCGAUUGGCACGCGCUGGACAUCAGCCAACCAUCGACAAGUUUAUGCAAAUGUUUAAUGAUUACAUUGUGAUUUCGACUCCGAUACAUCCGGAUAUUCGUUUGGCGGUGUUUGGCGCUGCUGCUCGAAAUGGCGGAAAGGAUGUGUUUGAUAAAUUGCUCAAACUUCGCGAAUCAACUUCAUUCGGCGAGAUUGACCGUCAAUGCGUCGUUGCAAUGUCUCAGACUCAAGAGAAAGAACUUCUUGUCAACCUUUUUGAGUACGGAUUCGGCCAAAACAAGGUCCGUCCUCAGGACCAAUUGUAUUUGUUCCUUGGAACUGGCAGCAGCAGGAUGGGCAGAGAAUACGCUUGGGAAUAUUUCAAACAGAAUAUCAAGGCUUUCAUGGACAAAUAUGGUGGAUCAAACGCAAGUCUCUUCCAAAGAUGUCUCAAGUUCUCUGGAGAAAGCUUCUACUCAAACGAGCGUGCGCAAGAGUUUCAAGACUUCUUCUGCAACUGCAAGGAACUUAAUGAUGUCGAUCGUCAGACUUUGAACCGACCAAUUGGACAGACGGUGGAAUCAAUUCGAUUAAACGCCAAUCUUGUCGAAAAGAAUCGCCAAGCUAUUGAGGAGCUUUUGAAACAACAUGGAAUGUAG